AUGGAGAGAAAUCAGAGCUCUUUCAUAACAUUUCAGCAACAUCAGGUGCUAAGAAUCUCCUUCAUGCUUUUGUUGGCUAUUGCUAUAACCUUUGGAAACAUGAUGAGCCUUAUUGUGUUUCUGGGGUCUCGCCGGUUCUAUACUUCACAAGGGUACCUGAAAGCAUCUUUAGCUUUUGCAGACCUAGCUGUGGGUGUCCUUGUUGUACCGUAUUCAGUAUAUACUGAAAUUGGAAGGCUACUGACAACAGGAGAUGAGGAUUUUGGCUCAAGUUCCACCCCUGGUCGCCUGUCAACAAAAAGAGAAAGCUUCAAACCCUGUUUCAUUAUGGGAACCAUUUUUGCCGCGUGCACAUUGGUGUCUGUCACCACCAUCUUCCUCUUAUCUGUGGAGAGGAGCAUCACAGUGCUCAAACCUUUACACAAGAACGUCGUUGUGACCAAGGGGAGGACACUGGGCCUUAUAAUCCUAACAUGGCUAGUCUGUUUCUUCCUGGCUGUCACACCCCUGCUCCUUUCCCCAGACAUUACACUGGAGUACAGCGCCUGUAGCAAGAUGUGCACUUAUGCCCUCAGUCCAACAGGGCAGCAGCACCAGCAACAUAGUUUCAGUGGAGGAGCCAAUAUCAUGCUGAUUUUCCCAGUUUUUGACCUCUCCCUGCUAACCGGAACAUGUAUCGUUAACGGGGUGACCUUCUCAGCUGUCCGGCGCUUUUGUCAGGCUCGAUCACAAGCCUUAGACCUGACCCCCCAUGUCUCUGGAGGGCCGUCCUUUUCUGACAUCAGGGCGGCAAAAACUAUCAUCAUCAUCACAGUGUUUUUCUGUGCCUCCUUCCUGCCCGUGGCAGUGUUUGUGAUGGGCAGUGUAUCAGGGCAUGAAUGGUGUGAAUUCUCUUUCUACGCUUUCUGGAUCCUCACCUGCAGCAGCUGCUGGAACGUGGCUGUUUACAGUGUCUGCGAUCGCCGAUUCGGCUACGCGACCAGGGAGCUGCUGUUUGGUAGGGGUCUGAGGAGAAGGCACAGGCCACCUGCUGGUAUGGAAGAGUAUCGCACAGAGCACUGUGCAACUGUGAGCAAGAGCAUGGUCAGACCAGAGAGACCAGAGCUGACCAUUGCCUCUUAUCAAACAGAAAAUACCACCAAGACUGAUGGCACUGGGGCACAUUAUUUGUAG